AUGGACAAGGCAACCAAAAGAAAAAAGGGUAAUACUGAGGUACACAUGACUGAAGAAGACAAGCUUUCAGCCGAUUUGUCAUAUAUAAAUCUUUCUGCAGUCGUGUCUGAAGUUAACUUGGUAGGCAACACCAAGGAAUGGUGGGUGGAUACUGGAGCUACACGCCACAUAUGUUAUGAAAGAAAGAUGUUUUCUACAUAUGAAGCAAAUGAUCAAGGAGAGCCUUUAUUCAUGGGUAACUUCUCCACCUCCAAAAUUCAUGGCCAAUGGAAAAUAGUUCUAAAGAUGACAUCUGGAAAGGAAGUCACUCUCAAUAAUAUACUUCAUGUCCCUGAGAUCCAGAAGAACUUGGUUUCUGGAUCACUGCUUAACAAGAAUGGGUUCAAGUUAGUCUUUGAGUUUGAAAAGUUUGUACUACUAAGAAUUGAAUGUAUGUGA